GCUGCUGCUGCACGGGAGCGGACCUGAAAAGUCCCGACAGGUUGGCGGAAGCUCGGUGAAUUUCACACAGUGGGAGGCUGUGACAGCAGAAGGCCAUGAAGGGACAAACAAGUAUCGGCGCAGAACUGGCGAAGUCACCGACCCGUGAAGCGCGCACGGUCCGGUAUGUCCGAGGACAGGAGCCCUAAGAAGCGCAGCUGUGGGGCUUCAUCACCGACAACCUCCCUGCAACCAGAUGGUGCCGUCAACAUGACUCGGACGCUCUUCAUCCUCGCUUACUUCGUUUUGACUUUGAUUCACUGUAGCAGAAGUGCUGACUCAGAGGAACGUUUGAUGAACUGGCUGCUAGGAAAGAAUCGCUACAAUCCGCUCAUUCGACCAGCCAUCAACAGGACAGAGAGAGUCACAGUGAAGCUGCAAGUGUCCCUUGCACAGCUUAUCAGCGUGAAUGAAAGAGAACAGAUCAUGACCACAAAUGUUUGGCUCACUCAGCACUGGGUUGAUUACAGGUUGUCAUGGGACCCUUCAAAGUAUGAAGGUAUCGACAAGCUUCGUAUUCCCUCCAGACACAUCUGGCUCCCUGAUAUCGUCCUGUACAACAACGCUGAUGGAACCUACGAGGUGACUGUCUUCACCAACGCCAUUGUUCUUUUCAAUGGCAGUAUCAACUGGCUUCCUCCAGCCAUCUAUAAAAGCGCCUGUAAGAUUGAAGUCAAGCAUUUCCCUUUUGACCAGCAGAACUGCACCCUCAAGUUUCGCUCCUGGACCUAUGACCACACAGAAAUUGACCUGAUCUUGAAGUCUGAGGUUGCCAGUAUGGACGACUUUACACCCAGUGGAGAAUGGGACAUUUUGGCAUUACCGGGCAGGCGGACUGUCAACCCUCUGGAUCCUACUUAUGUAGAUCUCACGUAUGACUUUAUCAUCAAGAGGAAGCCUCUGUUCUACACCAUAAACCUCAUCAUCCCAUGUGUUCUGAUCACUUCAUUGGCCAUUCUGGUCUUCUACUUACCUUCUGACUGUGGAGAGAAGAUGACACUUUGUAUUUCUGUCCUCUUGGCUCUCACUGUGUUCCUUCUUUUAAUCUCAAAGAUUGUUCCUCCAACGUCACUGGAUGUCCCCCUAAUUGGCAAGUACCUGAUGUUCACCAUGGUACUUGUGACUUUCUCCAUUAUAACCAGUGUUUGUGUGCUCAAUGUGCACCACCGCUCUCCAAGCACCCAUACAAUGCCUGCCUGGGUCAAGCUGAUAUUCCUCGUGAAACUCCCCGCUUUACUCUUCAUGAAAAGACCUCAGAACUACUCUGCUCGUCAGAGACUGCGUCAGCAGCGCUGCCUAAGGGCCAGGAGAGCUAUUUUGGGUCUGGGUUACCCAGUUGCCCCCAAUACAGGUUUCACCUUGUCUACAUCUGCCUUGCUGUCCUCUGACUCUGCCUUCUCUACCCCAGGACACAAAAAUGUUGCUUCUCCGAUGGGACACAGCUACACCAACAGGAUGGAGCCCAAACGGUCUGGUGAUUACCUUAUCAGUGGCUUCAAUUCCACUCAGGAUAUCCAGCAAAGAACCAAUCCCGAUUGCGCUACUGAUGUACAAGAGGCAAUGAAUGGGGUGCGCUUUGUGGCUGAGCACAUGAUGAGUGACGAUGAUGAUCAAAGUGUUAUAGAAGACUGGAAGUAUGUGGCCAUGGUGGUGGAUCGUAUGUUCCUGUGGAUCUUUGUCAUAGUAUGUGUGGUGGGCACCCUGGGCUUGUUUCUGCAGCCUCUUUUUCAGAGUUCCAUUGUUCCCGACCAGCAGCCAAUUUCAGAAACACCUCGAAUACGAUGAAAUUUGAGGGGCGAGGUGUGACACAUGGACUUUUUUUAAAGCUCUUUGUCACAGUAGUUGUGACAGGAACCAGUAAUGUAAAAUAUCCAAUCUGUUUACUGCAGAGAGACCAGAAAGUACUGACCUCUUGACUUCUAAUUUGAAUCUUGCCAAUAUGUGAAGGAGGUUUCGUUCUGUGUCAAGUAAUGCAGUGCACAGAUAGGAUUUGGGAUUUUUCUGUUUAAAAUGAAACAAUGAGACCAAAUUAAAAAAAAAGUGUUAAAUAAUCGCAAAUGACAGAAUGAAGAAUGAAGCUGUGCACAAAGAGCAAAGGUAUGUCUAAGUGUCCUUCUACUGCACUGAAUUAUACUGAACUGUUGAUGAAACAAAUCUUAAAAUUACACAGAUAUGUAAUUUGUUAGAUGUUGCCUAACUCCUAAUUUGUGUUACUGUGUCAUCAAAUAAAUAAUAAAGACAAGUCUAUUUCCCCUUUUAGUCUGAUUUGAUGUCUAAAAUUGUUCACAAAAGUCUUCGGAUUGUCCAGGUCUUGCCAAAGUGAUUUGUCUGUUCUUUAGGAGAUGGUAUUCAUUCUCUGAGCCAAGUGAUUGAAAAAGACAUUCCAGAUCUGAACAUUUUCUUAGGUAUUUUAAAUAUGAGAAUGUGUAAAAACAUAUUUAACAUGUACACAAUGUCACAAUAGAAAUAGAGGAGAGAAAGCGAGUUUAGCUUUCUCUCAGGUGUUAUGCCAUAAGGCUUUUAGGUUGUUUGAAUAUAGUGGGGUUGUGUAAAUAAACAUGUUUUAAUCUAUAAA